AUGGCGGCGGCCUUCUUCGACAGGCUACCUGCCGGCUUGACCGCGGCAGAGGAAGAGCUCCGGGAUCAUCUUGUUCGAGCUUCACGAAUAGCAGCCGAACUGUUGCCGCCUGGCAAUGUGGUCUCGCUUCAGGAAUGGGUGGAGUGUCGGAUGCCUGGAGAAGUGGAUCUUGCCACAGACGCUGCUGGGCUUGUCAUCCUGCGACCUGCUCGGUCCCAGAAGGAAGACCACAGCAGAAAGCGGCCGGACGACUUCUUCAAGAGCCUCCCGCAGGACAGCUUUACUCCAGAGGAGGAGAGGCUUCGGUUUGCCAUCUUGGACUUUCUGGCAGGGUGGACCGCAAAGGACCUGGCCACGAUGGAACAUUUGCAGACCAAUCCACACGUUCUCGAGGCACAGCGCUACGUGUUGAAUGGCGCAGGCGUGCGCCUGAAGGACUGGAUCGAGAGACGGAUAGGAGGUGAGCUGACACUGCAGCCGGGUCGUGGGGGCUCUCUGGUCAUCAACUUGGCCCCCGCUGGUCGACCUGCGGUCGCUGAGAGGGUCGAGCUGCUAAGGCGAGGAUUCCCUUUGCCGCCUGCAGGGUUGCCUCUGCCGCAUCCUCCGCAUCCUCCGCAUCCGGCACCCAUGCCCAUGAUGCCACCUGGGAUGCCACCCAUGCCGCCUGCAUGGCCAGCCCAGAAGCCUGCGAAGCCAGCGGAGCGUGAAAGGCCGAAGGCUCGAAAAGACGAGGGCGUGCAGGGCGCGCAGGGCGCGCAGGGCGGCAAGAAGAACUUCUUCGAAAGCUUGCCCGCAGACGAGCUUCUUCCCAAGGAGCUGGAGCUUCGUCAGCUGCUGUUCGACCACCUGGACUGCUUCAUCCAGAACGGAGGCGCUGGCGACGGGCCGAUGUUGUCCUCCAUCGCGCAGGGCAAGGUCUGUCAGAAGCUCAAAACGGAGCUCUUGAAAAGAGAGGUCUCACUCCGCGACUGGAUUGAUAGGCGGAUUGGCGGCGAGAUCGCCACAAAGGUCGCCUCAAAUGGGCAGGUCAUUAUCCAUUAUCGCAAUGAGAACGACCAAGGAGAUGCUCAGGAGCCUGAAAUAGAAGAGCCCAUGGAGGGAACGGAGAUCAGCGGAGACGCUCAGGCCUUUUUCGACGACCUGCCUCCUGACGGCUUCUUGCCGGAGGAGGAGGCUUUGAGAGAGGCCAUCCUGAAUUUUUUGGAUAGCUCGGGCCCAGAUGCGCCCCCGACACUCAGAGAGGCCCAGCAGGUCCCGGAGGCAAUGCGGCUACUGGCCGGAGUGCAGCUUCUGGCAAGCCUGUGGCUUCUGCAGCCGGCAUUGUCGCAACAAGUUGGGCAGAUCAAAGGGCGCAUCAGCAUCCCCCAUAAGUACCAGGAAGUAAUCAGUGCGGCCAGUGGUGCGGGCCUAGCAGCCGCCCGGGUCAUCCUGGAUGGAGGUCUCCUGUCGACCUUGCCUGCUUCAGACGGGCACUUUGCCCUCAACGGCGUAGCUGUGGGGCCACAUAUUUUGCAGGUUGUUCAUCCGCUGCUGAGCUUCGACCCAGUCACAGCGGAGGGUUCGGCAGGACUCAAAAUGAGUGCUUACAUUGCAGACAUGGAGCACGGCAAGGGGGUUAAGCUCAAAUAUCCCUUGGGCUUGGCACCUUCGGGCGCCUUCAGCUACCUCGAGAAGCGGGAGGAAUUCAACGUGCUCUCCGUCUUCAAGAGCCCAUAUGCACUUUUCGGUCUCGUCAGCAUGGGUGCGAUGUUGUUCCUCCCGAAGCUCCAGUCCAUGGUGGAAGAGGAGAAGGAGAGACAGCAGCAAGAGCUGCAACAAGGGACAACGGAGAAAAAGAAAGUCGAAGGUUGA